UUCUCUGCCAUUUUAAAUUUGUAAAAUGGACACAAGUUUCUGCAAACUCAAAGCAAACAUUUACUCCUCCACAGCCUGUACCCAAUGCAGAUGAUAUGAUAAACAAGCAUUGACGAUCCCCUGAUUUCUUUUAUUGUUCUUCUUCUGAUCCAAUUUAAUGCUAUUCCAUAUUUCCACUGUUGUUUUAAACCCCCCAUGGACGACCAUUUUUGAAGCUAACACACCUUGGAAGUGGAAGAAGAGGGUCUGUGCUUUUCGUUUCUUUUUCUGGGUACAUUCACAUUUUGGAGUUGUUGGAUUAUUUUUUUUUUCUGGGUUUGAUCUGCAUUUUUCUCAUUAUUUCAUUAUGAAGCUUUCUGGGUUUUGGGUUUUGUUUUUCGUCCUCCAAACAACUUUAUUGCUGCUUUUCUUUCCCGGCUAUAUAAAUGCCUCCUCCAGCUCUGAUAUAGCUUUGAACCAACACCAUGUUAAUGCAAAGAAAUGUUUGUCUGACAUACCAUUAAACAGGAAACUGAAGUUCCAGACUGAUGAACAUAGUAACCUCGGGAGAAAGAAGGUUCACCCAGGUGAUCUAAAUCUUGAUGACUACCAUCCCAUUGAUCCAGUUCCAAGUUCAAAAACAUCAGUCAAACCCGGGCCGAUAGAGCACAGCGCUCCUCUCCUCCCUCAUAUGCCAAAUCCUCCACCUCCCAAUCAGCCAGGCGGUUACGCUUAGAUAGCACAAACGUUUACCUUCUCUACUAGUUGUCUUAAAUAAUUCAAGUUUGUUUUUUCAUGGAAACCAAACCAACUACGUUAUCCUGUCUCUUUUAUUUCGUGUAUUUAGUUGUCUUGUGUGUUGUCAUUCCCAUUAAGUAUCCUUUAAAUGAUUUAUCUUCUGUUAUUUACAGAAACAAAACAGUCAUUAUUCUAUACUAUGUGUGUUUGUCUCAAUCCCUUCUGUUGAAAUAUCUAUAGGAAGCAAAAGGGAUGAAGGGGUGUGGUAAUCAACCAAGAGCACCAACUCCAUUGAAAUAGAUAGAAGAUCAAAGGGGAAUAUUUUCUUCUUCCUUAAGCUAAAAAUUGUAACCACCAACUUUGGGGGAUUAAAAUCCCAUCAAUCAACAUCUAAACCAGUGUGCUUUCCUUCCA